GUCUGCGAAAGAGCGAGGCACCCUUUCGCCAGUUGGUGGAUGUGGUCGGCGCGACAAGUCAACAGCAGCAGGCAACCAGCAAGCGAUCUCACAUUGCCGGCGAUGAGCGCUGCUGGGCUGCUGCUCGCCGCGGCCAUUGUCGCCCUCGUGACCGCCGCCGCCGCGUCUACCGAAAGAUACGCGAACACCACUCAGUCGGCGCCGCAGCUUGAUGAGGACGAUUCCAUUAGAUGGCAAAACUUGAGCAAUUUGCAAAUAUUAGACGCCCUCCUGAAGAAGUAUGACAGACGGGCGACGCCGACCAACAACCUGGGCAUUCCCACCGAGGUCCAAUGUGACAUUUACAUCCGAAGCUUUGGCUCAAUCAACCCGUCCACCAUGGAUUACCAGGUCGAUCUGUACCUGCAGCAAACUUGGGUAGACUCGCGACUGAAAAACAAGCAUCUCACACGAGCCAUGGAUUUGAACGACCCGAACUUGGUGCAGCGGAUUUGGAAGCCCGAGGUCUUCUUCGCCAACGCCAAGCACGCAGAGUUUCAGUACGUGACUGUUCCCAACGUUCUUAUCAGGGUGGCGCCAGACGGGAAAAUCCUCUACAUGUUGAGGCUGAAACUCACGUUUUCUUGCAUGAUGGAUCUCUACAAAUUCCCGCUCGACGACCAAAUUUGCUCAAUGGAGAUUGCCUCCUUUUCAAAAACAACCUCGGAGCUGGUGCUGAAAUGGGACACGGAGUCGCCUGUCCGCAUGUACCAGGGAUUAAAGCUGCCGCAGUUCAGAAUCAAGGACGUCAGAGCGUCGCACUGCAAAGAAGAAUUCCAUAUCGGCGAGUACAGCUGCCUGGUGGCCGAGUUCCACAUGCAACGUGCCAUCGGCUACCACCUGGUGCAGAGUUAUUUGCCCUCCAUUCUCGUCGUGGUCAUCUCCUGGGUGUCGUUCUGGCUCGACGUCGAGGCCAUCCCCGCUCGGGUCACCCUCGGGGUCACCACCCUGCUGACCAUCUCUUCCAAGGCCAGCGGCAUCCAGGCCGGCCUCCCUCAGGUCUCCUACGUGAAAGCGAUGGAUGUUUGGAUGGGUAUGUGCACGACGUUCGUCUUCUCCGCCCUGCUGGAGUUCACCCUCGUGAAUUAUCUAUGGCGCCGAGGCGGCUCCAGCUCCACCGAGGCUGCGACGACUCCGGCUGCAUCCGACGCGUGUGACAAAGAUUUCCACCCUCACAUCGACUCUGCCAACGACAAGCACGAGGACAACGCUUGCUACAACGUCAACACUCUCGAGGCAUCGAGUCAGCAGAAUUCGUGCGGCGAGCGAGUGUUGCCGCAGAAGAAAAGCGAGAAAUACAAAGGAAGCAAAUACAUGGCCAAGAAAAUCGACCAAACUUGCAGGAUCGGCUUCCCAUUCAUGUACUUGGUAUUCAACGUCUGCUACUGGCUGUACUACUUAGCCUUGUGUGAUUAAACUGCGAUUAUUCGCGACCCUCGCGACCUCGGGCGCACUUGUCUCCCAAGAAAAUUGAAAAAUAUUAUAAAAAAAAACACUCGCGGGCUUUUCCUAUUCUUCCUCACAAAAAGUGCGGGUAAGAGACGCGCGCGACUCUUAUGUAAUGAGAACAAAACCUGGAGAUUUGCACACGCCAGACUAAAUGCACAAAAGUAGGUUUACCCGCCAAUGCAAUGGCAGCAGUUUCGACCGAAUCGACGCACACUAGAAAACUAAUAUUGGGGUAACGGGGGCUAAAACUCAUCACGCGGUCACUUUCAUUGUUCAACUUCUUGGAUAUUUUGCACAAAGAGUAGAUUCACCAACUCUCAAAAGUUAUAAAAUCCAUAAUUUAGAUUAGAAAUCAUUAAAAUAAUUUUCAUUUUUCAUGUUGCCUGUGUAGCGGAUUCAAUAAUAAUAAUUAUUAUUUCUUUACUGAGCAGAUUUCACGCGGAUUGCAGGAUGGCUUUGGCGGUUUUAUCAUCGAUCAGUCCUAACUCAAAGAGUUAACCAAAAAUGUAAUUUUUUUCCGGGUUUUAAGGGACAUUUUAGGCGAAUUUUGAACUCCAGUCGUUAAGCUAGGUCAAAUGAACUACAAAUUGAUGCCAUCGGUCAAAGUCAAAGGUCACCAAGGCUCAUUUCCGAAAAUUUCCGUGUUUUUUGGGGUUUGGAAACCAGCGCUGAACUUUAAAAACAACCCUCAACCAUUAACUGGCCAUAAUUUCAUCCCCCGAGUUGAAAAGUGAAUAUUUUAAAUCAUAUCACGAUCUUUUGUUAUUUUAUGUCAAAGGAAUUCGGAAAUUCGACUCAGAUUGUGCGAAUUGACGCCACCAAAACUGUCAUUCGACCCGUGAUUUUCGCUCUAACUGACAAAAACUAUGUUUUUUGUUUUGUUUUGCAAUUAUAACGAGAUGGUUCACGUUCGUAAUUCUGUGUGGAAAUCGCUCUAAAUUUGCGUAUUCCAUCAUCUAUUCUUGAGUAGAUUCUAUAAGCAGGAGAGCAUUUUCAUCAAUGUUAUAUAUGGAUAAGCAGUGUAGAAAUUGAUGUGCCAAAACCAACCAAAAAUUACAGAGAUUUAGAGAGUGUGUGUUUGGGUUUGGAUGCGAUAUUUGUUGAAAACGAUAUUUCGUGUAAUAUCACUAAACGUUUCUCUCUGUUGAUAAUAUGUCGUUAGAGUAGGAUGGUUUAAUCCUUGGAAUUUUAUUUGGACGAGGAAAUUUUAAAAACAAAAGGGCACACGGCUGCCAAGGACUUGAAUUACUUUCUACGACGCGAAAAUACCCCUCUUUAGCAGAGAUAAUCAACCAACACACAGAUUUUAAUUAUAAAAAACGAAAAUUCUUGUUGCUCACCACAAAAUAACUUAUUCAUUAAGAAAAACUGUACUCGAAAUUUUGUAAUAAUACGCUGAAAAUGCGGCCAAAAUGUUUUGGACUGAAAAAUCACACGCGGAAAAUGGAUCGCAGCUUUAAAGUGUGCAGUCGAAAUGAAAAAGCAGAAUUAAUGUAAGAAACCUGUGAAUGUGUGAACUUAUUAAAAUUGGCAACACCUGA